CACCAUCUCACCCGAGCGUUCUCCAUUAUCAACGUCCAACCCUCCUCUUUAAAACUGUCUGCAUAUGGAGCGCCCACCCGCAAGAGACCGUGCCCGAGAUCGCGACCGCUCCAGGGAUAGAACAACGCACGACGACUCGCGGCGCGACGCCCGGUCUCCUUCCCCACACUCCCGCAGACGCGACCGGUCAAGGUCAAGAUCACCCCGGCGGCGCUCGCGCAGCCCACGGAAUCGCAGGUCCCCGUCGAGGUCGGUCUCACCAUCACACAAGAGAGACAGCGGCCGGGAAAGACACGAACGGAGGAGAGGCAGGUCCGCGUCCCGUUCGCGGUCGCGGGACAGCGAGCGCAGACCGCGGCGAGACCGGUCGCGCGAGAGGAGGCGGCGCUCGCGGUCCUCGUCUGGCUCUGGCUCGGAUUCGGACGACUCGGAGUACAAGCGGCGCAAGCGGAGGAAGGAGAAACAGAAGAAACGGAGCGGGAGCAAGGAGCGGGAGAGGAAAGAGAGGAAGAAGAGCAAGAAGGAGAAGAAGAAGCAGAAAAACAGCGCUGCCGUCAGUCACCAGUGGGGAAAGUACGGAAUCAUCAACGAAUCCGAUUUGUAUAACAAGGAACAAGAGUUCCGAGCAUGGCUGGUAGAGGAGCGCAAGAUCAAUCCCGAGACCACUUCGAAGGAGCAGACGAAGAAGGAGUUCGCGCGGUUUGUGGAAGACUACAAUACUGCUACGCUCCCACACGAGAAGUUCUAUCACAUGGAGGAGUACGAGCGCCGAAUGGCCGCGCUGCGUGCGGGCGAGUACCUGCCACCCGCAAGCGACUCAUACGACCCCACCGCGGACAUGCGCGCACACCAAAGCACACACAAGCGUCGUGCGGUCGAACGCGAUACGUACAUGAGCAAAGAGCAGCUCAUGGAGCUCCGGCGGGUUCAGAACGAGCGAAUAGAGGCUGGGAAGAUGAAGCUUCUGGGAAUGGACAUAAAGCAGAACAUGGGUGUGCGCAUGGACGGCACGAUGUUCGACGGUUGA